AUGGCGGUGGAGCCGCCGCGGGAGGUGGUGUGGCCGGAGGGCGCGGGGGCCGAGGCGGGCUUCGUGCGCGCCGUCCUGUCGCUGCCCGAGAAGCCCGACACCACCGUGCGGUUCUUCGAGCGCGGCGACUACUACACGGCGCACGGCGCGGACGCGCGGCUGGCCGCCCGCGAGCUCUUCCGCACCCGCGCCGUCAUCCGCCAGCUGGCGGGGGCACCGGGAACUCAGAAGCUUGAGAGUGUUGUGCUUAGUAAAAUGAACUUUGAAUCUUUUGUGAGAGAUCUGCUUCUGGUUCGUCAUUACAGAGUUGAAGUUUACAAGAACAAAGCAGGGAGUAAAUCUAUCAAAGAAAAUGACUGGUAUUUAGCAUACAAGGGUUCUCCAGGAAAUCUUGCCCAGUUUGAGGAAGUUCUCUUUGCCAACAAUGACAUGUCAACAGCCAUUGGGGUUGUGGGUGUUAAGCUGUCUACUACUGAUGGACAAAGAGUGGUAGGAGUGGGGUAUGUCGACGCUACGCUGAGAAAAUUGAGUGUCUGUGAGUUUCCAGAUAAUGAUCAGUUCUCAAACCUUGAAGCUCUACUGGUUCAACUAGGACCAAAGGAGUGUGUGCUACCAGGAGGAGAGACUGCAGGAGAAAUGGGAAAACUACGACAAGUCAUUCAGAGGGGAGGAAUCCUGAUUACAGACAGGAAGAAGGCGGAUUUCACAACAAAAGAUAUUGUUCAGGAUCUCAAUCGCUUGUUAAAAUCAAAAAAAGAAGAACAAAUGAAUAGUGCAGCAUUGCCAGAGAUGGAAAAGCAGGUUGCUGUUUCAUCUUUGUCGGCCGUUAUCAAGUUUUUAGAGUUGCUGUCAGAUGAAUCUAAUUUUGGACAAUUUGAACUGACUACUUUUGAUCUUAGUCAAUAUAUGGUUCUAGAUAAUGCAGCUGUUCAAGCCCUCAACCUUUUUCAGAGUUCUGUGGAAAAUGCUAAUACUGCACAGUCUCUAGCUGGUUUACUAAAUAAAUGCAGAACCCCUCAAGGACAAAGACUAGUUAAUCAGUGGAUCAAACAACCACUUAUGGACAAGAAUAGAAUUGAAGAAAGGUUGAAUUUGGUUGAAGCUUUUGUGGUGGAUCCAGAACUACGUCAGUGCCUUCAAGAAGAUCUCUUACGUCGCUUCCCAGAUCUUAACCGUCUGGCAAAGAAAUUUCAGAGACAAGCAGCAAACUUACAGGACUGUUACCGAAUGUAUCAGGCUAUUAAUCAACUGCCUAGUGUUGUAGAAGCACUAGAAAAACAUGAAGGAGCUCACCAGAUGUUGUUGUUGGCAGUGUUUAUAACACCUCUUAAUGAUAUCUACUCUGACUUCUCAAAGUUUCUGGAGAUGAUAGAAACAACAUUGGACAUGGAUAAGGUGGAGAAUCAUGAAUUUCUUGUCAAGGCUUCUUUUGACCCUAAUUUGACAGAAUUAAGAGAAAAGAUGAAUGAACUGGAAGAAAAAAUGCAGUCCUUUUUAAAGAGUGCAGCCAAAGAACUAGGUUUGGAAGCUGGCAAAAGUAUCAAACUGGAGACAAAUUCACAGUUUGGACAUCACUUUCGAAUAACUUGCAAGGAGGAAAAAGUUCUCCGUAACAAUUCAAAAUAUGGAAUAGUUGAUACACAGAAGAAUGGUGUGAAAUUUACUAACAGCAAACUGAGCUCCGUCAAUGACGAAUAUAUAAAGAACAGAGAAGAGUAUGAAGAGGCUCAGGAUGCAAUUGUCAAGGAAAUCAUUAACAUUGCUUCAGGUUAUGCAGAACCAAUACAGACGAUGAAUGAUGUGAUAGCUCAAUUAGAUGCAAUUGUCAGUUUCGCUCAUGUGUCAAACGGAGCACCAGUGCCGUAUGUCCGUCCUGUCAUUCUGGAAAAGGGACAAGGAAGGAUUGUGCUGAAAGGUGCCAGGCAUCCUUGCAUUGAAGUGCAAGAUGAGGUGGCCUUCAUCCCCAAUGACGUUACAUUUGAGAAGGGCAAGCAGAUGUUCCACAUUAUUACUGGCCCUAACAUGGGGGGGAAAUCAACCUACAUUCGACAGACAGGGGUGAUUAUUCUUAUGGCCCAAAUUGGGUGUUUUGUACCAUGCGACUCUGCAGAAAUAACCAUUGUGGAUUGUAUCCUGGCUCGGGUGGGAGCUGGAGACAGUCAGCUGAAAGGCGUGUCUACUUUCAUGGCUGAAAUGUUAGAAACUGCUUCAAUCCUUAGGACAGCAUCUGAAAACUCACUGAUAAUCAUCGAUGAGCUGGGAAGAGGAACUUCUACCUAUGAUGGUUUUGGCUUAGCAUGGGCUAUUUCAGAAUACAUUGCUAGCAAAAUCUGUGCUUUCUGUAUGUUUGCUACACAUUUUCAUGAACUGACAGCUCUUGCCGACCAAGUGCCAACAGUAAAUAACCUACAUGUUACUGCUCUGACCAGUGAUGACACACUGACGAUGCUUUAUCGUGUCAAGGAAGGUGUUUGUGACCAGAGUUUUGGAAUACAUGUAGCAGAGUUGGCAGCUUUCCCAAAACAUGUGAUAGAAAGUGCAAGAGAGAAAGCAUUGGAAUUGGAGGAAUUUCAAAACAUUGGCAAGUCCAAGGAAUCUGAAGGAGAACCACCAGCCAAGAAAUUCUACAGAGAAAGAGAGGAAGGUGAAAAGAUAAUUCAGGAUUUUCUUUGUAAAGUGAAAGCAUUGCCCCUGACAGAUAUGUCAGAAGACGAUAUCAAAAUCAAGCUGAAACAGCUGAGAAAUGAUGUGUUGGCGAAGAACAACAGUUUUGUGAAUGAAAUCAUUUCCCGAACGAAAGUUACAUCAUGAAAGAUGUGAGAACAGGAUACAGCUCUUGAAGCGUGUUCUACAUUGCAAGAGCUAUCAUUUUCUUGUCUUGUAGUUUUUAUGCUUUAUGAUAGUUGUACUGAUUUAUGUAGGCAUUUUUUUCUCGGAUUGUAAUUAUUUUGUAGGGAAUUCUGAGCACAUUCUGUGCCAGAUUCCUGCUUUAGUUGUGAUCAUUGUGUCCUUUUAGAAGUUUUCAAUAAAAGGCUUUUUCAGUAUUGA